UUAAUCCAAAUAAAAAGGUUUUUAACUUAAACAUCUCACGAACUUGGAAGAGAUUGAAGGCAACCCAGAAGAGUCGAUGGAUCCUUCGACCUAUAUGUUGGCUCAUUCAGUGGUUCUCGACCCAUCUCCUAUUCUGGGGUUUCUUCGGUUCCAAUGUGUGUCGUCUCACAACUUCUGCUCUCGCCGGUGACACCAAUGUUAAAUUUGGGGGAGAAUCACUUAAGCCCAGAUUUUGGGAGUUGGAAUCAGCCAUACUUCCAUGUGUAGUUUCGGUCUCGAUUUGGGGAACUAGAGUUCAACGACAUUAGCGAUUAUGCACUCUAAGUGUUCGGUGAAAUGCUUGAACGAGAUUUAACGUAGUUUGCAGUACAAGAACUUGUUCCGGGAAUGUAGAUUUGGUUCUUGGACUCCAAGACCUGGCAAGGACAUGGAAACAACACAAUAUUUCAGUCUGAAGUCGAUCGAUUGGAUUCUUCUAGCCAGGCUAUAAAUUCUCAUCUUUUGACUAAUGCAGGGUAUACAUGCCUAACAUUCACUGGUUCUGGCCCAACAACUUAACAAUGACAUGAAAAAUGUUGCUUUGUGAGGUCAAAUGUUGAUUGGGUAAAAGGUUAGACUUCUUGGAAAUUAUUGAAAUUUUUUUGGUAUUAUGAGAUAAGGUUUAGUAAAGUUUCAUGGAAAUUACUACUCACAAUGCCAAGUGGGGAACCUAGACUGUUUUUUGCUGAGAUAUUGCAGCUUUGAAUCAGUCAAUAUGUCAAGACUCUAUAUUGCAGACCUUUUGCUCAUCUCUUGUGGUCAACAUUGCUUAUAGGUCCCAGAAAACAGUUCCCACAAGUCCCUGCGAUUUUGCUUUUCCUGGCUAACUUUCUCACUUCGCUUCAUAAACUAAUGUUGAAAAAUCUGAUUGAUUGAUAUUUUCAUCUCAGAGUGUAGAUGUCUAACUUUCAUUGGUUCCAAGGUCAACUUGAAUGGUUGAUUGGGUUAAAAGGUUAGACUUCUCCGUGACAAACUGAAAACAUAAUUAAUAUUAUUUUUAUACUAAUAAUUUGAUUGUGGAUGAAGUAAUGCAGAAUUUUGGAACACAACUGCGGUCAGGCAGUCAGCAUUGUUUUAAGGUCCUCACAAGCCCCUGACUUUGUUAUUGUGACUUACUUUCUUGCUAAAUAAAUAAUUCUUUGUUUUUUAAAUUAAUCUUAAGAAAAUAGUUCUUGUAGACACAUGGGGAAGAAGAGGAUUGUGUUCUUUGCUUGUUUGCUCUUGUUUACCGUCCUAUUACGUUUUAGCUAUGCAGGGAUAACGACAGAAAGUCCUUUGUCAGUCGAACAAACACUCAGCUCCUCUAAUGGAAUUUAUGAAUUGGGGUUUUUCAGUCCUAAUAACUCCCAAAAUCUGUAUGUGGGAAUCUGGUUCAAGGGUAUCAUUCCCCGGGUGGUUGUGUGGGUGGCAAAUAGAGAAACACCUACUACAGACACAUCGGCAAAUCUUGCUAUCAGCAGCAAUGGUAGUCUUCUAUUGUUUAAUGGCAAACAUGGUGUUGUGUGGUCCAUCGGAGAAAAUUUUGCAUCUAAUGGGUCUCGUGCAGAGCUUACAGACAACGGAAAUCUAGUUGUCAUAGACAAUGCUUCGGGAAGAACUUUAUGGGAAAGCUUUGAGCACUUUGGUGACACUAUGCUACCUUUCUCAAGCCUGAUGUAUAAUCUCGCCACAGGUGAGAAGCGGGUGUUGACUUCUUGGAAAACUGACACUGAUCCAUCGCCUGGCGUAUUUGUGGGUCAGAUUACACCACAAGUGCCAUCACAGGUGCUUAUUAUGAGAGGCUCGACGCGUUAUUAUAGAACCGGUCCAUGGGCUAAAACAAGGUUCACAGGGAUACCACUAAUGGAUGACACAUAUGCAAGUCCAUUCAGCCUUCAGCAGGAUGCUAACGGGUCAGGAUUCUUUACUUAUUUUGAUAGAAGUUUCAAACUUUCACGUAUAAUUAUAUCAUCAGAAGGAUCAAUGAAAAGGUUUCGGCAUAAUGGAACGGACUGGGAAUUAAGCUACAUGGCUCCAGCCAAUUCAUGCGAUAUUUACGGUGUAUGUGGACCAUUUGGGUUGUGUAUUGUGUCAGUACCUUUAAAGUGCAAAUGCUUGAAAGGAUUUGUUCCUCAUUCCACUGAGGAAUGGAAAAGAGGAAACUGGACUGGUGGUUGUGCGAGGCUUACGGAACUACAUUGUCAAGGAAACUCUACUGGCAAAGAUGUAAAUAUCUUCCAUCCUGUUACCAACGUAAAGCUUCCAGACUUUUACGAAUAUGAAAGUUCUGUGGAUGCUGAAGAAUGCCACCAAAGUUGCCUCCACAAUUGUUCUUGCUUGGCCUUUGCUUAUAUCCAUGGAAUAGGGUGCUUAAUCUGGAACCAGAACCUAAUGGACGCUGUGCAAUUUUCUGCUGGAGGAGAAAUUCUGUCCAUUCGUCUUGCACACUCUGAACUAGGUGGAAAUAAGCGCAACAAAAUCAUUGUUGCUAGUACUGUGAGCCUUUCUCUGUUUGUGAUAUUGACUUCUGCUGCAUUUGGUUUCUGGAGAUACAGAGUGAAACAUAAAGCCUAUACGUUAAAGGAUGCCUGGAGGAAUGAUCUGAAAUCAAAGGAGGUCCCAGGUUUAGAAUUUUUUGAGAUGAAUACCAUACAAACUGCCACCAAUAAUUUCAGUCUAUCAAACAAACUCGGACAAGGUGGAUUUGGUUCUGUUUACAAGGGAAAGUUACAAGAUGGGAAAGAAAUUGCUGUAAAACAGCUUUCUAGCAGCUCCGGACAGGGAAAAGAGGAGUUCAUGAAUGAAAUAGUACUGAUAUCAAAACUCCAACACAGAAACUUAGUCCGGGUUUUGGGAUGUUGCAUCGAAGGAGAAGAGAAACUACUGAUCUAUGAGUUUAUGUUGAACAAAAGCCUUGAUACUUUUGUCUUUGAUGCAAGAAAAAAGCUCGAGGUUGAUUGGCCAAAGAGAUUUGAUAUCGUUCAAGGUAUUGCACGUGGACUUCUUUAUCUUCACCGUGACUCACGCCUCAAGGUAAUUCACCGAGACCUGAAGGUCAGCAACAUUCUUCUGGAUGAGAAAAUGAACCCGAAAAUAUCAGAUUUUGGAUUGGCUCGGAUGUAUGAGGGAACCCAAUGUCAGGACAAAACUCGCAGGGUUGUAGGAACUCUAGGAUAUAUGUCUCCUGAGUAUGCAUGGACCGGAGUAUUCUCUGAGAAAUCAGACAUUUACAGCUUCGGAGUUCUACUGCUAGAAAUUAUCAUCGGAGAGAAGAUCUCAAGGUUCAGCUAUGGCGAAGAAGGAAAAACACUUCUCGCAUAUGCAUGGGAAUCUUGGGGUGAAACCAAAGGAAUUGAUCUUUUGGACCAAGAUCUUGCUGAUUCAUGUCGUCCGUUAGAAGUUGGAAGGUGUGUUCAGAUUGGUCUGCUCUGUGUACAACACCAACCUGCAGACAGACCAAACACACUUGAGUUGCUGGCUAUGCUCACGACAACAUCAGAUCUUCCAUCACCAAAACAACCCACAUUUGUAGUGCACUCUAGGGAUGAUGAAUCAUCUCUGUCUAAGGAUUUGUUUACCGUCAAUGAGAUGACACAAUCUAUGAUCCUUGGGCGUUAAGAAACCACCGUGAUGGAAAUUGU